AUGGAUCCGACUAAUAGAACAAGAAGAAUCGAUUUAGACGUAGAUAGUUUUCGUAGCGACGAACCGGGGUACGACAGGGCUCGUAUGCGAAGACAAUCCGGUGGUUUUGUAGACUUAGGAAAUGAAUCACAAUAUGGAACCGGUGGACAUCAAGCUUCUGGAGCUAACGAAAUUUUUGCUGACAUACAGGGUGACGUGCCUUGGUGGAAGUCAAACUUUUUCAUAUCACAGCCAGUCCUCUUUGGAACAUGGGAUGGAGUUUUUACAUCAUGUCUCAUAAAUAUUUUUGGAGUUAUUGUAUUUUUGAGAUCUGGUUGGAUGGUUGGACAGGCUGGUCUCGUUAAUGCUGUGCUUAUAGUUAUUUUUACAGUAUUUGUAGCAUUGAUCUCAGUAUUGUCUGCUGUGGGAAUAUGUGAAAGAUGUAGAAUAGAAAGUGGUGGAGUAUAUUUUCUACUAGCUCAUACAUUAGGAUCAAGACUUGGAGGAGCUUUAGGAAUGGUGUAUUGCUUUGGUCAGGCUGUAGGAUGUGCAUUAAAUGUGUUUGGAUUUGGUGAAUCUAUGGCAGAUUUAGUUGGCACACAAAACACAUGGGCAGCCCGAGGCUUUGCUGUAGCAGCAGUUCUUUUAUUAGGCACUAUAAAUGUAGCUGGUGUCAAGUGGGUUAUCAAAUUGCAGUUUGUUCUUCUUUUAGUGAUCUUGAUGGCUGCAUUAGAUUUUUUUGUUGGAUCAUUCACAACAGUGCCUGAUGCCAAUUUCAAAGGAUGGUUUGGUGGUACAAUGGCAAAUAAUACUUGGGCAAAUUAUCAAGAUAAUUACACUUGGUUCAAAUGUUUUGGGGUAUUUUUCCCAACAAUCACUGGCAUUUUGGCAGGAAUAAACAUGAGUGGAGACUUAAAGAACCCCUCUGCUAAUAUUCCAAAUGGAUCACUAGCAGCUAUAAGUACUGGAACUUUCCUGUAUUUAAUAUUCAUUAUUACGUUAGCUGCAACAGUCACAAGAGAAGCCCUUUUGACAAAUUUUUCUAUAACUGCUGAUAUUUCUGCAUUGAAAAUUUUGCUUCUUGCUGGCCUAUACGUCUCUUCUAUGAGUUCUUGUCUUGGUGCUAUGUAUGGGACUCCAAGGGUCUUACAAAGUAUUGCAAAUGAGAAAGUUAUACCUGGCCUCGAAGCACUUGGGCAUGGAAGAGGUCCAAACAAAGUGCCUAUUUAUUCAAUGGUUGUAGUAGCAGUAGUGACGGUCACAUUCAUCAUCAUCGGAGACAUAAACAAGCUUGCACCAAUAGUUACUAUGCCUUUUCUUAUCACAUACGCUAGUAUUGAUUACUCUUAUUUUGCUCUCGCACAAACAUUUGAUUUGCAACAUAAAAGAGAAAUGAGAUUUCAGGGACAUUCACAAAGGGACACACAAGUGUAUGGGGCCACUGGAAGCGACUUGGAUCUGUUGUUUCCAGAGAGGAUAAGACAUAAAACUGUUGGAGAUUUCACUCCGUCUCCAACUGAUUCCGCUAUAAUGAACGGACGUAUGGCAAAUGACGUAGAGCGACGGCCAAGUGUCAAUGUGCACUCUAAAAACAAAAAUUGGUAUUCACACCUUUGCAAUAGAUGGUUAUCCUUGAUAGGUGUAGCGAUUAAGCUAUUGUUAAUGGUGUUGGUGCAUUGGAUGUAUGCUCUGGGAUGCUUGUCCAUCCUCUGGCUGAUAUGGAUGUACAUAGGCGCGGCCAACCCGGCCGUCAAGCCCGGCCGAGCUUCCGAAUUCAGGUUCUUCCAUUGGAUGAAAAUAGCCUUCCUUCAAGCUAUUGGAAAACGUCCGUUAGAAUACGAGCAAUUGGUUGUGACGCCCGUGCACGCGGACAUACCUGUGGAGCAAGAGCGCUUAAAUGAUGAAAACGAAGACUUUGCCUCUCGAAGAAGAUACCAUCAGUCCACAGCUCUCCAGAGUCACCUUGUCAGUGUAGAUACU